AUGGCAGCAGAAUUUAUCAAGAGUUGCUGUAGAGGAUGUUUUUACGGUGGAACAGAAAAGCACAACCUUUCCAUGGAAAAAGACUUGAAGACAGCCAUCUCAAGUAGUCAGAAUACCACCGUCUGUAUACCCCCCAUGGCGUCUGUUACUGGGAAGCCUCAGGUGGGCUGCACGGAGGAUUAUUUACUCUCUAAAUUACCGUCGGAUGGCAAAGAAGUGCCAUUUGUGGUGCCCAGGUUUAAGUUAUCCUACAUUCAGCCCAGGUCACAAGGGACUCUUUCACAUCUGGAAGAACUUGAAGGAUCAGCUAGAGCAUCUUUUGGAGAUCGAAAGGCAGAGCUUUCCAGUUCGCAGCUUGGGCCCAGCUAUGACGUGUAUAACCCAUUCUAUAUGUACCAGCGCAUCUCGCCCGACCUGAAUCGGCGCUGUCUCCCUCACUCGGAAACAAUGAAACUUUAUGGGUCAGUGUGUGAUUUAAGGACCGUUAAACUUCCUGGUUCCCCUGGACUAAGCCGAUCUAUGUUUGAUCUUACAAGUUCAUCUCAGCGAUUCAUCCAGAGACAUGAUUCAUUGUCCAGUGUACCCAGUAGCUCUUCUUCAAGGAAGAAUUCUCAGGGGAGUAACAGAAGCCUGGAUACAAUUACUCUGUCAGGAGAUGAGAGAGAAUUCGGGAGACUGAAUGUGAAGUUGUUUUAUAAUUCCUCUGUAGAGCAGAUCUGGAUCACAGUUUUACAGUGCAAAGAUUUGAUCUGGCCUUCUAGUUAUGGAGACGCGCCUACUAUUUCUAUAAAGGGAAUACUGACUUUGCCCAAACCAGUGCACUUCAAGUCUUCAGCAAAGGAAGGCUCUAAUGCUAUUGAGUUUAUGGAAACUUUUGUAUUUGCUAUUAAACUCCAAAGUCUGCAAACAGUAAGGCUUGUGUUUAAGAUUCAAACUCAGACGCCCAGGAAGAAAACCAUUGGAGAAUGCUCACUGUCACUGAGAACUCUCAGCACACAGGAAAUGGACUAUUCUUUGGAUGUAACCCCACCUUCAAAAAUCUCUGUUUGCCAUGCAGAGCUUGAACUGGGAACUUGUUUUCAAGCCAUAAAUAGCAGAAUUCAGCUACAAAUCCUUGAAGCACAGUACCUUCCUAGCUCAUCAACGCCUUUGACUUUGAGCUUUUUUGUGAAGGUUGCAAUGUUUAGCUCAGGAGAUUUGAUUUAUAAGAAGAAGACACGCUUGCUGAAGGCUUCCAAUGGACAAGUAAAGUGGGGAGAGACUAUGAUUUUUCCACUGAUACAGACAGAAAAAGAAAUUAUUUUUCUUAUUAAACUUUAUAGCCGAAGUUCUGUGAGAAGAAAACACUUUGUGGGCCAGAUUUGGAUAAGUGAAAAUAGUAAUACCAUUGACGCAGCGGACCAGUGGAAAGAGACCAUUACUAACCCAGAAAAAGUUGUUAUCAAGUGGCACAAAUUAAAUCCAUCUUGA